GGACCUCGGAGCGGCUGGAGUGAUGAGGAGAAAGAUGAAGAUGAAGUGAUGAUGUGGUGUUUGAUGAGGACUGAUCGCUUCAGGUGGAUCUAAAUGACUCAGUUUGGCUCAAAUUCGGCUCAGUUUGGACUCAGCAAAGAUUCUGACGGCCGCAGAUGUUGAACAGACACACAUGAGAUCCAGCGGAGCCACCGAUGAGCUUUAAUCAGGAGUUACGCUUCGCCCACAGAAUAUGCCACCAUGAACCUGACGCUGAGCGCCGAGCCUGGAAUAUUCCUGACCAACAGCUCCCCGGGGAUGCGGGCCUACCUCGUCACAGCGUUCGUACCACAUGACGUCCAGACCGAUCGGCCUGCCAACGAUUCGCUCCUGGCCAAUUUGACCGGCAGACACAAUGGCACGUCGCCUGUGACGUACGACCCGCUCGGUGGCCACACCGUCUGGCAGGUCGUGAUGAUCGUAUUCUUGUGUGGCUCGCUUUCCUUAGUCACCAUCAUCGGGAACAUCCUGGUCCUGGUGUCUUUUAAAGUCAACAAGCAGUUGAAGACGGUGAACAACUAUUACUUGCUCAGCCUGGCAUUCGCCGACCUCAUUAUCGGUGUGCUUUCAAUGAAUCUCUACACCACUUACAUCAUCAUGAACCAAUGGACUCUCGGGAACUGGGCGUGUGACUUGUGGUUGGCCAUUGAUUAUGUGGCCAGCAACGCGUCCGUCAUGAACCUUCUGGUCAUCAGCUUCGACAGGUACUUCUCCGUCACGCGCCCGCUGACCUACCGAGCCAAACGGACCACCAAACGAGCCAUGACCAUGAUCGGACUCGCCUGGUCCAUUUCGUUCAUCCUAUGGGCGCCGGCCAUCCUCUUCUGGCAGUAUUUCGUGGGAAAGCGGACGGUCAAGUCGCACGAAUGCUACAUCCAGUUCCUCUCGGAGCCGAUCACUACGUUUUGUACGGCUAUUGCCGCGUUCUACCUGCCCGUCACCAUCAUGACCGUCCUCUACUGGCGGAUCUACAGGGAGACGGAGAACCGUUCCAAGGAGCUGGCUGGGUUGAAGGGUUCAGGAAACCAAGGGAAUCCGGAAGAACCGGGAAGCUCACGCAGUCACAGCAGUUACGAGCUGCAUCCGUCCAGCAAGAGAAGUUCUGGGAAAAUGAAAGCGGGACGUUUGUGGUUCUGGCCGUCGAGUCGAACAUCCGGCAGCGGCGACACGGACCGCAGCAGCAGCGACAGCUGGAAUAACAAUGAGACGGCCGUGUCUAUCGACCAAUCGGACGAUGAUGAAGAAGAGUACAUUGAAGACGCCCGUCCCAUCUACUCCGUCACGCUCGAAGGACGCAGAGACUCCGAAAGCCUCCAACCGACGGACACAGAGGCAAGACCAUCCAGAAAGGGAUGUUCCUCAGCACUGAAAGACCAACCCAACGCCAACAUCUCUCACAAAGACACCAAACGCUUCACCUGCAAGACCAAAACGCAGGUCAACAAGCGCAAAAAGAUGUCUCUGGUGAAAGAGAAGAAGGCGGCGCAGACGCUAAGCGCCAUUCUCCUGGCCUUCAUCAUCACUUGGACGCCGUAUAACAUCAUGGUCCUGCUGAACGCGUUCUGUGACGGGUGCAUCCCCGCCACGCUGUGGGCUCUGGGUUACUGGCUGUGUUACGUCAACAGCACAGUCAAUCCCAUGUGUUACGCUCUCUGCAACAAAACCUUCCGCACCACCUUCAGAUCCAUCCUGCUGUGUCAGUGGCGUCAGAAGAAACCCAACAAACCGCAGAUCCAGCAGAGACAGGCAGCGGCGACCUACCGGAAACAAAGUCCGGAUUGAAGGUCGACAUUGUGCGUUUGUUUCUGAAGGGCUGUGCAGUAUUGAUGUUUAUAGGUGCCUCAGUUAAACACUGCAAACGUGAUGCUCUUCCUCUUGUUUUCCAGUACAAAUAUCUAAACAUUCUUAAAUCAAGAUACAUUUACUGGAGAAGCAAAAUUAUAUAUAAUAAGUAGGGUUGUCAAAAGUACCGACUUCUGUACCAAGUCGGUAGUGAAAUUUUAAAAAUGUGACUAUACCAGCAUUUUCAACGGAUUCUUAAACACCUCUGAUUGGCCAUUGUGUUCAUGUGCUCAACAGAUAUGUCUGUGAUUGGCUACAAUGAUCAACGCUUCAAAAACAUGUUGUAAAUAGAAACCUUUGACGCUCUUUACCGAGCGCUUACACAGACACACACAGGAGCGUUUGAAAGCAGGCGUCUAUCAGCGGAUAUAUUAGGGAUUAGCGGAUAUUCACAAGCUUCCGUGUGUAUCUGUGUAAUUGCUUGGUGAAGAGCGUCAAAGGUUUCUAUUUACAACAUGUUUUUGAAGCGUUGAUCAUUGUUGCCAAUCACAGACAUAUCUGUUGAGCGUGUGAACACAGUGGCCAAUCAGAGGUGUUUAAAAAUCCACUCAACAGCGCUCAAAAUGCUAGAGGGAGACGCUGAUAUCGUCACAUUUUAAAAAUGUCAGUACCGAAGUCGGUACUUUUGACAACCCUAAUAUUAAGACUUGUUUUCUGACAAGUGCAUCAAAAUUAAGUGAGUUUGGUCAGAAAAAUUAUUUUGAAUUAAGUUUGUUUUUCUAACCCGACUAGAUAUAUUUUUCAGAAAAUAAGAGCAUUUUGCUUCUCAAGUAAAUGCGUUUUGAUUUAAGAAUAUUUAGAUAUUUGAACUGGAAAAAAAAAAAAUUCUGAGGAAGAAAGUCAUUUUUUUUUUGCAGUGAAGCCAUCAAACACGGAUUGUGUGACUUCAAAAUCAACCACUAGAAACAUUUUCUGCACCCUGUACAUAUGAAAUUAAAGGUUUUCUUUCCUGUGUUGAUGCAUUUCCUACUGAAACUAAAAGUUGGGGUGGUACAUACAGUAUUUAAGGGCUCAUCCUUUUUUUUACAUUUACAUUUAUGCAUUUGGCAGACGCUUUUAUCCAAAGCGACUUUAUACACAUUUACAUUUGAUCAGUUCUUGCUUUCCAUAGGAAUCGAACCAAUGACAUUGGUGUUGCAAGAUCUACAGGAAAGCUUUAAAAAUAAAUCACUUUGUCCAACCCUACACGUUUGGCUCAUAACUUUUUAUAACCAUUAUGAGCAAAACAUGAGAAAAUAAUGGGUUGGACAAAUGCGGUUUCAUUUUGACUAAAUGAAGCUGUUAAUAAUCCCUUUCACUGAUAUGGUUCAUGUGUUUCAUUGGGGUUUUUGGUGUGAUGCUCCAUGUUGUGGUACUUCUGUGAUUUUUGUACUUUUGUUUUACUGCUAAAAUGACUUUUACUGGGUGUGAUGUCAUGACUGUUUUUCCCAAUAAUGCUGAAUGCAUUUUAAGUCAAGUGCACACUGCAAAACUGAAGCACUUUGUUUUUAGUUUGUGAGACUGCAACAGAAAACUCCUAAAGUUGUCAUUUCUAAAGCAAAAAAACAUUUACUGUUUAUCUUUAAAUACUGCAGUACAAGUAAAUGUGGAAUCAUUUUUAUUCCAAGUAAAUCUUUGGCUAGAUACUGUUGUAAAACUUUGAGACGGUUAUCCACCGUCGAUUCCUCUGUGCUUUUUCACCCCUGAGAGCAGCAAUGAGCCAAUAAAAUCACAAAAAACGCCUUGGGAAGAGGGAGCCAAAAAACCCUUCUGCCCACGUCUCCUCAAGCGCCGUCGCAUCCCUGAAUUUGAGCAGUUUUUCUUCGUUUUUUUCCUGUUAAAAUAAAGGUUAUUUAUUGGCAUCAAUGGUUCCACGAAGAAACUUGAAUUUUUCCAUUCCACAAAAGGUUCUUUAUAGUGGAAAAAGGUUCUAUAGAUUAUUAAAAUAUUCUUCAGACUUAGAAAAAAAAUGGAUUUCAGAUUGUUUGUUUAGUAUGCGAUCCAACAGGACACAAAACACCAAGCCGUGAGUGUAUACAUGUACUUCUGUCUUGUAGUGUGCACUUCAUUGUAAAAAACAUUUCAAUUAGCUAUCACAACUUAAAGUUUUGCAUUAGAAUAACUUGGAUUUUACAUGAGAUAACUCAAAUAUCCAAGUUGUCACAUAAAGGGGCUAUAUGUAAGAAUUUUCAUGUAUUAAUCGCUGUUUUAUUGCCAAUGUGUUUUCCAACAGCUUGUAAUGAAAUUUAAAAAACGAGACCUUCCCUGACUUCCUAGGUUUUCUAUGAAAACCAUAGACGAUGAAAACCUGUAGUAGACUGAUUUUUAUUUGAAGGACGUGACGUGGGAAGUUUUUGCCGGGAAAUGUAAUAACGGUUAAGCGCGCUCCCGAGAGCCUCUCAUCCAUUCUAAAUGCCUUUAUGAUGUUCAGGAUAAUGCCAAAGUCCCUUUAAAGUCGACAACUCUUAUUUUUUUAAUGGAAUAUUGUAGUAUUUAUUAUCAAUAAUUUAUCAGUGCACUUUAGUGCUGUUGACCGUCCUCGUCAUCCUCAAUAAAUAAAGUUCUUACAGUAACGUGAGGGUGCUCGCAGUGAGUCCAGUGGAGAGAAAUCCCCAAACGGGCAUUUAGAUCUGCCUCCAUUUUGUUAGCAACGCCCAACUUCCAACGAUCCAAUCAAUUCCCGAAGUACGAAAUCAAGUCCCGCCCUUUCAUUUCAGAUGCCGUUUCACUCGGAUAGACGUCACAGUAGAGAAGAAAACACAAUUGCAACUUUUGCUUCAUGCCGACUUCAAGACAAGUCAUUUCACUCGGCGGCCAUCUUAGAAACGCCUCUCAGGCACGCAAGUGCAGCUCCUAUCUCUUUGAAUGGGGAAACAUCAAAUUCUCCAAAGCUUUUUGCCAAGCUUUCGAUUAAAUUUCAUAUUUGAAAUCACCAAUGAAAUCUGACAACUACUGUCUCAUACAUUUUGAUUCAUGACAAAAAAACGGUAUUUUCCAGGCUGGAUCAAGCUAAUGCGCAUGUGCAGUCCUAAAUGUGCAUCUCUUGUGUCUCAUUUUGGAGGCGCGCGUCUGACUGUUCCUAUAGGAACCGGAGCUUCUAACGGCUGCUGCAGUGAUGCGAUGACUUUACCAAUCGCCGAUUGGCUCUUAUUUAGAAGGCGGGACUUAUUCCGCCAUAUUGCGCGUUGCACUUUCUCCCAUUCAUAAUAAUAUGAGUGACGCGUCUUGUGUUAUUCUAUAGAGUAACUCAGGGAUGACGUGUUUUUGUAGGCCAACCCAGAAGUUAGCGGCGCACGGGUUCCCUCGAUCGAAAGCCUGUGCAUUUUUCCCACAGACUUCUGGAAAAUCGCAAAAAAUAAGCUCUGUGUUUAACAAAGGGUUAUGACACUGACACGUUUUGUCUAUCAAGAUAAUCUUUUACAAGUUAACACAACAUUUAUACAUUUUAAAGUCAUCAGAUAUAAAAAGCUAACAGUAGGCUAUAAACGAACUACAGCACACCAUGGUCGCGGAUCAACGUCACCACCACCAAGCUUCCUCAAACUUUAUUUAAAAAACAACUUUAUUUAAAAACAUGCUCUCUGAAUAUGAUCUGCGCUGUGUAUGAAUACUUAUCCACUUUUUCAUGAGAAAUGCUGUCCAAAUGUCCUGUUUGUCAUGAUGACGUCUAAAGUCCCCGCCAAAGGAAGUAGUCCCUUUUAGCAAUUUGUUAGCAACCGCCGUUUUUAAGACACAAUAAAGGUUUAAAAAAUCACAAGCGGGUUAUUACUGGUGUGUUUUAUGUCAUAGAUCAAAACGUGAAAAUAUUUAGAGGCUUUGUUAACCACAGACCUUAUUUCAGGCGAAAACCCAUUCAAAAAACCCAUUGACUUUAGGGCGUUGGAACCGGAAGUCCUAAAAUGCUAACUCACUUCCGGGUUUUGCCUACAAAAACACGUCAUCCCUGAGGUACUCUAGUCUUAGAUAAUGCUAAAAGAGCCAUUCUGUACUUUAAUGUCAAUGUGUCAUGCAAAGAAAAGGGAUUAAUUCAAACUAUAGUCUCACAUAGAUCUAUUCAAAUAUAAAAUAUACUUUUUAUAAUCAAACUAUCAUAAGUGUAAUUUUAAUUACCUCAUCUGUGGACAUGAUGCCAGUGAAUCGCAGAGCUGGUGCAAACAUCCACAUCGCUACGAUCAGAUCCUGCUGCUUUCUGUCAUUUUUAUCGUGUGUUUAUUUUGUUAUUGAGAGGAAAGAGCGCGCACAUAUUUACAUAUUCAUCUAACCGCCUCUCUCAUCAGUGGACGGCGUCGAGACGUUCGUUAACAGAAUAUCGCUGCAAAUUAAGGUAUUUCCAACGCAUUUUUACUUCUAAGCGAGGAAACAAAAAAGACAUUCGCCGUGAAUAUAUCGGGCAUUAAAUCAAGUUUAGUCUCUUGUCAGUUACGUGUGCACGAGCAGUAAGUUGCUGGAUGCAGUUCACUUAACGGCCACCGGUGUCGCUAAAAACAAGCGUUUCUGUAUUCUACAUAUAGCUCCUUUACACUUAAUAUUUCAAGUAGACUAAACUUAAGAAUCUAAAGCUUUUUUGUUUGUUUGUUUGUUUAAAUAACUUUGAGUGUUGAACUGUAAGGUUCCUCAUUGUUUUCUGCAGGAAAUUAAUGCAAAAACAACUUCAAGCAGGGAAUAUCUGCUGCAAAAAUACCCUAGAAAUGUAAAAUGUGGGAAUAAAAGGAUCGUGUAAUGAAUUAUUUUUAAUUGUGAAAUGUGAUAUUUCAUUAUUGUGCAUAUGAAUGUCAGAUGAAUGGGAGUUUAGUGCCUGUUUCUGUCAGAUUAUGUAGUUUAGACUGUUUUUGAAUGCGAAGCCAACAUGGAGACGUGUUCGAUUACAAAUAAAUACAUAGUGUGUUUUUUAUAUGGUUGGUUAGAAAACAAUAUGCCCUCAUAAAUAUGUAAAUGUCUCUGAAAAUAAACUAUGAUGGGGAUUUCCUCUUGGUAAAAGGUGAAUUUGAAUGGCUGGCUGCUCAUGCGAACAGUCCUUUGAACAAUUGCCCUGUUUUUUCAGCAUGUUUGGGGUAAAAGAUCCCUUGAUCACAAACAAUGUUGUAUACUGUAUUGUGUAGUAUACAUACUGCUGUAACAGCAACAGAACUGAUGUCAAGAGAUACAGUAUUUUACAAGAUAAAAGACCUCAAAAAAAUCAAAUGAAGAGCGACACUCCCCUCUAGUGGGCGGAAUAAAAACAGCAAGACUCUGAGAUGUUAAUUCAGCUUUUGUUUAAGCAAAGACUCGUAUUAUGGUCUGAAAGCUUAAGAUUGUUAAACACACAUACUUUAUGAAACACUUUGGUUCACUGUUUCUUUAUUCAGGAUGAUUGGCAAUAUUUAUAUUGAUUACUGUAGCACUGGGAGUGAUAAAUUAUAAACUGUUGUUCAAAGUUUUAUGAGUUUUGUCUAUACUGAGAUGUUUGAUCAAUAAAACCAACCGUGUUUUUUUGUGGUUAUAUUUUGUAUGGGGUACUAAAUAUUUGAUAUAUUUAUCCACACACACACACACACACACACACACACACACACACACACACACACAAAUGCAAUAAAAAUAAAAAUAAAAACACAUCGUUGGAGUGUUGUGUGACUAAAUGAUUCUAGAAAAAGUAAAUUUAAUUUAAUAUGUAAGCUUGACAUUUAUUUUGAUGAAUAUAAAAAUAUUGAGUAUAAAAGUCUGUUUCUGUUAGCCUUUUAAUUGUG